UUUCCUUUUCAAGUUUCAGCAAUGCCAAGCAGGUUAAAGAGGGCGAUUGGUGCAGUGAAAGACCAAACAAGCAUCAGCUUAGCCAAGAUCGUCAACACCAAUUCAUCGAAUCUCGAUGUGGCGGUUCUCAAGGCGACGACACGCGAUCUUGAGCCUGUUAACGAGCGUUACGUGAAUGAUAUCCUCGUUAUGAUCUCGUCUAAUAAGCUCCAUGCCGCGAUUUGUGCUAAUGCCAUUGCGAAAAGGAUUGGAAAAACGAAGAACUGGGUCGUUGCUCUUAAAUCUUUAAUGAUUGUUCUUCGGAUUUUUCAAAAUGGUGACCCGUUUUUCCCUCAAGAAGUACUGCACGCUAGGAACCGUGGAGCUAAGAUCUUGAACCUCACCACUUUCAAUGACUAUUCACAGUCAAGCCCUUAUGAUUACACUGCUUUUGUUAGAUCGUUUGCUUUUUACCUUGACCAGCGAUUGGAUUGCUUGGUGACGGGGAAGUUUCAGCGACGGGUUGCGAACAAAACGACGGGAAUUGGCCGGAAGGGGAGCCGUCGAGUUAACCCACAAUACGUUCGAGAAAUGAAGCCACCGAUGUUACUCGAUAGGAUUUCGUAUUGGCAACGGUUACUUGAUCGAGCCAUUGCGACUAAACCAACCGGUGCAGCCAAGAACAACCGGUUGGUUCAAGUUUCGGUUCUCGCCGUUGUUCGGGAAAGUUUCGAUCUUUAUCGGGAUAUCUCCGAUGGACUCGGUUUGCUCUUGGAUAGUUUCUUCCAUUUACAGCAUCAAUCAUGCAUCAAUGCGUUUCAAUAUUGUGUUAAAGCUGCACAACAAUUCGAAGAGCUUGCUUUGUUUUAUGAUUAUUGUAAAGAUCUUGAUAUUGGGAAAAUCUAUGAGUAUCCGAGUGUUCAAAAGAUAUCCGAAGAGUUAAUGGAUACGUUACGAGAGUUCUUGAAAGAUCAAGCUUCGUUUCCGUCUUAUAAAUCGCCUCGUUCCACCGAUGAUACUAAAGAAUCUCAACGCAGUUCAAAAUGCACAUCGUUGGAGGAUUUGAUGUAUCAAACGGAUUGCGACGAAGCGAUAAGUAAAUCGCCGGGGCAUUAUUCGAAGGUGGACGAAGAACAAUGCCUUGAAAAGGAAGAUAUGUAUAAUGUUCAUGAAACUGGUUCCAACCAUUCUUUACCUAUUGAUCACGAGACUAGUGUGACUAUCGAUUUUGUAUCGUUCGACGAUUGGUUGACGGGUGAUAAUAAAUUGGUGGAGUUACGAACUUCAUCAAAAGCGAACUCCACUAAUGGUGGUGAUUUCUGGUUUGAUAACCGAGUUCAACAAGAUCAUAAACAAGAACAAUGGUCUAAAAAUGGUGCUAACGGUCUCUCUCCUUUUGGCAAAUGGAUCGAAGAAGAUCAUGGCAAAGAUGGAGCCGAGGGUGAUUCAUUUGUCGAUAACUGGAUACAAGGAACCCAACAACACGAACAAGUUGUUCGUGGUGUAGCCGAGGGGCAUUCGUAUUUCGAUGAAUUACAUGCCUCUCGAUUUGUAGGCAACGGCCACUCCUUGUUGAUCGCGGAUGACUGGCUUCGGGAAAAUAAAAAGGAACCCGAAGAACAACAGCCGAAUUCGAGCAAUGAUGGUUACAAGACAGGAUGGGAGCUUGUGUUAGCUGAAGCAACACCACAACCUGCACAAGGUUCUCAACAUUAUUUAGCCUGUGGCAUUAAGCCCGAUAUGGCAAUUGAUUUAUUUGAUCAUAAACAAAUAGUACCUCAACGCACAUACAAUCCAUUUCUCGAAGGCGAAACCGAUGUUGCAACCGCCGCUACCAUUGCCACUAUGGCUUUUCCCGACAAGUUCUUAAUGGCACCACCAAUUUUCUUUGCUAACGAAAUGGCCCGACCGACAUUUCAGGCAAUGUCGACUACUCUUUUCGAUGAUCCGAACGUGUAUGACCCUUUCGCACCGUGGCCUAAUAUGAAAGUUAAUAACAAUGAUUGUUUUAAUGGGGAAGAUGAACAGCAAAAUCUGAUACAUCAACAAGAACUGUGGUUGCAGAACCAAAACAUGAUUAUUGCAAGGCAUAUUGUUUCAUCUAAUCUUGAAUAA